CCAGAUCUUGCUCUGAGUGCUCCGUGAGGGUGGAGGCCUCUAGACACAGCAGAGCAUACCUGUCCUCCUGCCGAGCUGCCUCUGUCUCUGACGGAGAAGAUUUAUUGCUCAGAUAAACCCUGGCGUCCGGCAUGCUUCGGCUGCGUAGCUCUUGCCAGGCCUCUGCAUUCCAAACUCCACAUAUUUUUGGGUGUGAGGAGGGGUGUUGAAGAACAUAGCUUCUGACUUUGUAAAAUUUACCUGUAGGCCCGACACCUUUGCAAAUAUGUUGAGUUCUCUGAUUAGGGAGGUUGCUGUGCUUAUGGGGUCUGGUAUUGUGACCAUUAGGUCGUCUGCGAAGAACCCUAAUUUAUAGGUUCUGUCUUUUAUUUCCACUCCCUUGAUGUCUGUGGCUGCUCGGAUUCGGAUUGCUAAGGGUUCCAGAGCCAGGAUAAAUAAGAAGGGAGACAGUGGGCACCCUUGUUUCGUGCCUCUUUCGAUAGCUAUAGUAUUAGAAUCCAUAUUGUUAGUUCUGCAUUUUGCUGAGGCUUGGGAGUAUAUUUGUUUGAGGAUUUGUAGGAAGUUGGGGCCUUCAGAGAAGGAGAGGAAUUUGUUUAGUGUCUUCUGAAAGAAUUCUAGUUGAUUCGAGUUUGGGGCAUAUAUGGAGCCGAUUGUCAGUUUGAUUUUGCCAUCUAGUGUCCCUUUAGCAAAAACGAAUCUGCCUUUUUUGUCCUUUAGGACUGUUGUGGCAGUGAAGUUCAGGUCUCUGCUGAGUAUUAUGCCUACGCCGCGAGCUUUCCCUGAGCCUCGUGCGACCCACUGUUGACUGAAGUGGGGGUCGCUCAGGAGUUUGCUCCCUUUGGGUGGGUUGUGUAUUUCUUGUAGGAAGGUGAUGUGUGGUUUCAUGGUGUUUAUGUAUGAGGUGAUGCAUUUUCUUUUUAUGGGGUAUCCCAGCCCCCUCACAUUUAAUGUAAUUGCUUUUAGGCUAGCCAUCUUGCUUAUCUAUUAUGUAGGGUGAUUCCUUGCCAACCCGUCCAGGUUGUCCUGUGUCUCUCACUUUGUGUUGUUUAACAAACCGAUGGGGUUGCGCUGACCUAGCGUGUGAUGGGUGGGGGAUUAGUGGGAUUAGGAUCAGGUUUGGGUUAAAGAGUGGGGGAUAAGUUAUAGAGAGUAUCCUAUAUGUAGUCAUAUAGGUGUUUGUUAGGGGUAUUUUGGGCCAUCUGGCGUUUAGCCGGUUGGUCCUGAGUCUCAGCUGGCGUGGAUGGCCUAGUUCAGGGGCAGGCCAUCCUCCCUGUCGUUUGCGAUAGGGGGUGGUCAGUGAGACAGUGUUAAGCGUCUUUGUGACGCCAAUGUCGGGUAUAGGGUUCAUAAGCAGUGUUGCCAGUGUUAUUAGCAACAUGUUAUUAGCAAUAUGUUGGGGUGGGGAUGUGGGUGUUGGUACGCUCUGGUGCCACCAUUGUGCUGAUUGUGUCAGAUUUUAGCCUGUUUGUGGGUUGUUGGGUGGUGGGGAAUAUGUUUUGAAGUCAUCUGGACUGGCGUUGGGGUGGGGAUCUCUGUGGAGAUGCAGGGCUGGGGGGGUGCUAAUGGUGCUGGCUAUAUUUAUGGCCUAGGGGGAGGGGGAAGGAAGGGGGAAAUCACCAGUCCUUCAGUUCGAGAUGUCUUCUGGGUGCUUCAUUCAGCUGUGGUUGUUGUUGUAGGGUUGUCCAUCUGUGAUGUGUUGGUUUGGUUGAUCCUGGUCUGUUGCCUUGUGCUGUAUGUUCAGCAGGAUGCUUCUGUGCGUGGUGGUGGUUAGAUGUGCUGGUUUGCAUUGUUGUGUCGCUUCUGUUGCUUCUUUUUCCUCUUUACGGUUGUCCAUUUGUUUGGUGUUGUUUCAUCGUGGUGGUCGUGACUGUCACUUGGUGGGUCUGUCGGUUGCCAUGCCAGUGGAGGGUCGAGUUCAAGGUUCUUCAGUAGUUGCAGGGCUUCAGGUAUGUUGGUAGCUGUGUGUUGUGUUGUGUUGGUUGUUACUAUAAGGCGGAAGGGGAAGCCCCAUCGGUACUUGAUCCCUGCUUGUUGGAGGCGCUGGGUGCAUGGGCGUAGGUUUUUCCUUCAAUUUAGGGUGUCCUGAGAUAAAUCCUGUAAGGCCAAUAUGGGGUUGUCUCCGUAUCGAAGGCUUGUUGUUGAGUUUCUUAGGUUGUUCCAUACCUCUUCUUUCUUUCUGUAGCGUGCGAAGCAUACAAUGAUGUCUCGUGGGGGGGCGUUGGGUUUCGGCAUAGGUUUUAGGGCUCUGUGAGGCCUCUCCAGGUCGCCUCCCUUGAGUGUCAGGUUUGGGAAUGUAUUUUUCAGCCAGCGUACAAUUAGGUCUGCUGGGCUUUUCUCCUCCACUUUUUCAGGAGUUGCGGAAGCAGAUGUUACAGCGUCUACUACGGUCUUCUAAGUCUGCCAGUUUGAUUUUCAUGGCUGUGUUUUUCAUAUCUACUAUUUCCAGGUGGCUUUCCAGUUUAGCCACUUUAUUAUUGACACGUGUGUUUUCCUCUCGGUACUUCUCUACUAUUCUUUCUUGUAUAGAGUUUUUUCUUGUAUAGAGUUCUUUCUUGUAUAGAGCUUUUCUAGAGUUUCCAUUUUGGAGGUCAUGUCACUGGAUGCUUUGAGUAGUUCUGUUAGUCUCAUUUUCACUUCCUUCAGUUCUUGUUUUGUUGCUGGGUCGUUGUCAUCUGGGGGGGGGUGUUGUGUUCUUGGUGCUGUUUGCGAUGACACCAACCAGGGAGAUGGCAGUCUCGUCGGUGUUUUUGGUUUCAAAUUUGUUUGGCAUCCUCUUGGAGCAGGGUGUGUUGUGGUUAGGGGUUGUGGUGAUUGCUGGGUGUUGCUGAUCUGUUGAGCUGAACAGGCGUUGUUGACUGGUGGCUUUUAUAGAGCGUCUGGAUUAGGCGGUCAUUAGUGUCCAGUCUGGGCUGGGCUGUAAGGGCUUCUCUGGGGUUCCCUCAGUCGCCUCAGCAGUGUUCCCGAGGUGGGGGGGCAGCCAAGCAGACAGAUGAGUAAGCCAACAGACAGACGGUUCACAUAAAGGGGAUGGUGGGCAGGGGUAUGAGAGAUUGGUGGGGUAGGGUCAGAGGGAGAGUGUAUGUUUGGGGGGGUUAUUCGUGGGUGCACCUGUGUGUACACGUCUGUGCACUGAUCCUCACGAAAGGGGUAUUGGGGCCCAGUCGAGGGUGGAGGGAGGGGUUAGGGGUUCGUAGUAAAGAAUUAGGAAUUUAAGGAUGUCAAGGAUGUGUUCAGGAACAGAACCCAGCAAAGCAGUGUAGAGUUUGAAGGUGAAAAAGGAGGGGAGGAAAGGGGGAGAAGCAGGGGAGGGGAGGGAUGGAAGUCAAGAAGGGGUGAGAGAAAAGGAGGGAAGGAGAGGAAGGAAGGAAGGAAGGAAGGAGAGAGAGAGAGAGAGAGAGAGAGAGAGAGAUAAGGGGGGAAGAGACAGGGAAAGAUGAAAAUGUUUGGUUGCAGUGGUGGUUCUAGUUAUAGUAUGAGGUAAGACCCCUGGGGGGGAUUGCUACUGAAAGUGUAUGGGGAGGUAUGUGUAUGUAGAUUUUAGGGUUAGGAGGGUAAGAAAGACUAGAGAAGCAGACUAAAUCAAAGAGGGGAAGCGGGGGUGUGUGUGUGAGAGAGAUCUGAAGAUGUUGAAGUUGUGGUGCCUGGCAGUAGUAUUUGUAUAUCAAAUGCCAGAGGUAAAAGUAUUGUAGAAAUGAAAAUGUAUAGAGACCCCUUUUGGGAGGGGCAAAUUUAAUAUAAUAAUGUGUAUGUGUUCUUUUAAAAAGGAGGGGGGGAAGGGGAGACAGAGAAGGAGAGGGGGGAGGGGGGAGGAAAGGAGAAGAAAGGAAAAGAAAAAGGGAGGGGGGAAGGGCACCAGUGGCAGUAGCACUGAUAUGGGGGGGGGAGUAUUUUUAUUUUAUUUUAAUUUUCAGGGAGGAUGGUAAUAUUGUAGUUGCAGGACAAUGGGGGGAAGGUAAGGCUCCGUCCUCAAAAACAGACAAGCUAAGAGACUAAAGGGGGAGUAAGAGGAAAAGAGGAGUAAUAGUAGUAUUAAUAAUAAAAAGGAUUUUUUUAAAAAGGGAAGUAAUAAUGAUGAUAAAAAAUAGUAAUUAAAAACUAAGUGUUUCCCCCUUUUUUCAAAAAAUAAAAAUGAGGGUAGAGACUGGGGUAAGAAUAAGAUGAAAUACAGAAAAUAGGGAAAAUAUGUUAGUGAGGGGCAGCUUGUCUGGUAAAAAUAAAGUAAAAAAUAUUGGGAGGGAAGGAAAGAGGACAACAGCAACAGCAAAAAGUCCCCUCCCUUUUGGGGGGGUGAUAAAUGUGUUUUUAGGUAAUCUAUGGAUGUAUUUUUAAAAUGGUGGUAAUAAUAAUUUAGCAAAAGGGCUGAAGAUUUAGGGAAGGAGGGAAGGGAAAAAAGGGGGGGUUGUUUUUUUUUAAAGGGCGUUAAAAAUGUAUGGAAAAAAAGGGGGGAGUGGUGCCCCGCAAGACGAAUGCCUCGCAAGACGGAAAACCCACUAGACGAAAGGGUUUUCCGUUUUUGAGUUGCUUCGCAGGACGAAUUUCCCUAUGGGCUUGCUUCGCAAGACGAAAAUGUCUUGCGAGUCUUGAGAUUUUUUUUCGCUUUCCCCCCCUUUUUCUAAGCCGCUAAGCCACUAAUAGCCUUUUAGCAGCUAAUCCUCUAAGCCAAUAAACCUUUAAUAGCCGCUAAACCGCUAAUAGCGCUAAUCCGCUAAGCCGCUAAUAGGGUUGCUUCGCAAGACGAAAAAACCGCUAGACGAAGACACUCGCGGAACGGAUUAAUUUCGUCUUGCGAGGCACCACUGUAUUAAAAAGUUGGUUGGUAAUAUGUUUUUUUUUUAAAGAAAAAAAAUAGAAGAAAAACGGGGGAGGUAAAAAACACUCUCCCACAAAAAGGCUUUCUUUCUCGGCUCAGCCUGGGGGGAGGGGUCAGCAGCUCCCUUAGUUGCUGCGCUGGGCUCACCCGGUUGUCAGUUCUGGUGGCAGCAGCAGCAGUCCCAGCGGUCCGGCGCCAGCCAGGUAACCCAAUUGAUUCUGGCUGGCUUCAGGAGCUGCUCGCUGCUGUGGCUUCCGCCAUGAUGCCUCGCUGGAAGUCGAUCUGAGGAUUUCUUUCCCAAAUUUAGUCAUAAUUUGGUCAUCACUUUUGGAAGGCGCACUUGGAGGGACUGCCGAUGCCCUAUUGCUAUGAACAAAUCCAGAAAGAUCCUGGAACACUCAGUGGCUCGUAGAGUGGCAGCGCUGGGGGGGCGUGUCAUUGACCACCCCAACAUCCAGUUCAGCAAGAUGCACGAGGAUGGCGUGCAUCCUUCCAGUGCGGGAAACGAUGUUUGGUUGGUUGAUAUAUCUGCGGGGAUUAGGGAUUAGUUGCAGGUCUGAGGGUAUUGGCGACGAGCUUUGCUCGAGUGGCGGUUAGGCAUUGGUAUGGGUAUUGUUAUGUAGAUGUAUGGGGGGAGGAGCACCAUCACCUCCCCCAGAUAUUAAAGGGUAGUCCGGUAAACGGUUCCGGGGGGCGUGGCCCCAUCCAAGGGCCUAUGGAGGCCAGGGCCCAAGGCACGCCCCCGAGCGGUGACCCCGGGGAGUGCCUAGUUGAUGGGCAUCAGCUGUGAGGGGAAGGAGAAAGGUGAAUGAGUCAGCGUGGAGGAGUCCCUCCAUAACAGAAACAAAGGCAAGCAGGAAGAGAAGCUAAGGAGUCAGCCUGCACACAUGAAAGGGGAAAACAAAAGAGAGAAAACAGAGUGUAGAAAAAACUAGAGGAACGCCUAGUGGCAAAAGAAGUGAAAGACGCGAGUAAAAUCAACAGAAGACAAUUAAGUAUAGUGGUAGCUCCACCUAUUGGGCUAACUGGAAAUAACAAGAAUAAACUGAUAUAACAAAGAAAUGAACACUGUUUGUAUAUAUUAGAUAAAUUUGAAAGAACGUGCAACCUAAAAAAUCCAAAUAACCCAAACAAAAGAAGAUUCCUGGUCUUACUCAAUAUAAGAGCAAUUAAAAAAGAAUUUGUAAUUUAUUUUUUUAAAGCGGAAAUGGAGGUAGAAAAAGUGAAGCAAGGGAAACUCCUACAAAUAAAAGAAGCGCAGAGACCACAUGAAACUGUUAUUUUAAAAGAGGUAUUGCUAGGUAGGCAUCUCAAUGGGAUCAAAGAAGAUUCAGACAACUUUUGGCCUAGCCUCAGUCUCUAACUAAGCAAGGAGAAUAUCGAUGGUGGAGAAUGAGAGCAACAUGGAUGUUAAAGAGAUAUUAUUGGCAAUGGAAAGAAUGGAGAAGAACCUAGGAGAUAAGAUAAGCACCCUAGAUGGAAAUAUUAAAAUCUUAGAUGGAAAAGUGGAGAGUAUGGGCACUAAGAUUGAGAAAAAUUCCACAUUAAUAAUGGACCUUUCUAAUCAAGUGACCCAACAACCCAACUGACAACAAAGAACAAAGAGCUAGACAAGAUGGUGCAGGAGAUAAAGAAUAAGUCAUUAAAACAAGAGGAAGCCAGGAACAAAAUUCAGGCGGAUCAAAGAGAUUCAAGGAAAGUCCCAGAGAAAAAGAAAGAGGAACUGAGGAAGGUUCAGGAAGAGACCCUGGAUGCAAGGAGAUGAAGCAAACGGAGGUGUUGUUACACUUCCGAGGAGUUAAAGGAAGAAAUUUCAACAAAACUAUUGAAAGAACUGGCGGAUUGGUUAGGGGUCGAGGAAGAUGAACUACUUUUGGACAUUGAAAAAAUAUUUAGGAUUAAGGUGAACAAGUCAAGAAACAAAAAGGGACUGGGAGAUUGUUUAGUAUUUCUGAAAUCGAGGCUACUCAGGGAAAAAAAUCCUAUUAAAGAAUUGAACUGAUCCCUUGUGUAUAGAGGGCAAAGUAAUCGAGAUUAUGAAGGAGAUCCCAACCAGGUUGUUGAAGAGGAGAGAUAAUUCCAGAUUCUUAACGACAGUGCUGAAGAAGAAUAAAAUUCUGUUUAGGUGGGAAUUUCCCGAAGGACUUACCUCUACAUAUAAAGAGAAGAAGAACCCUUAGAUCGGCGGAGGAGACCAGAAUUUUUUGGAGGAAGUACUGGGAGGAGCUGGGAGGAGAAAGGCUUCAAGAGCGAGAAGAAACAAGAUAAAGCUAGAAUUAUUAUAACGACUCCUACCUUUUGUGCCCUGUUGUUGUUGUUGUUGUUGUUGUUGUUUCUUUUUCUUUUUCUUUACCAACUACCCCCGAUUUUAAAGUAGUUCAUAUAAAUUUAAUAAAACUGUAUGGCCUUUAAGUGUAUUUCCUGGAAUGUACCUUAAAGAAAGGAAAAUGGGAUAUAAUAUGUCUACCAGAGACCCAUGUAUCUAAAGAUCAUAUACGGGUACUAAAAAACAAGAACUUGGGUCUGGAGUUUACAGCCGCAGGAGCAGAAAAGAAAAGAGGGGUGGUAAUUUAUGUAAAACCAGUGUUAAGUCCACAACUAAUAUUUCAAGAUGAGGAAGGUAGAAUAGUAGGAGUAGAAAUACAAAGAAAUCAAGAAAAGAUAAUAGUGGUAGGAGUGUAUGCUCCAAAUAAUAAUAAAUCUGAAUUUUACAGAAAAUUGGAAGAGAAGCUUUGGGAAUUUGAGAAUGGAAAGAUAAUUAUGAUGGGAGAUGUGAAUGGAGUUAUAUCUAUUGAAAUGGAUAGAACCGAGAGAGGGGGGAAAUCAAACUGAGGCAGACUACCAUUAUCGUUCUUCCAGUUGACUGAUAAUCUUAAUUUAUUCGAUACCUGGAGAUUGAAGCAUCCCACUGAAAAGAAUAUUACCUAUUUUUCCGAAGAUAAAAAAUUGGGAGGGAGAAUAGACGCAAUUUGGGUCUCAAAAAAAUUGACAUUGAGCUUGGUAAAAGCAGAGAUUCUGAAUAAAUCUCUCUCAGAUGAUAAUCCAGUUACUAUACACAUAAGAUUUAAAAAACAUACGAGAGGGAGGUGGAGGAUGAAUGAUGAGGUUUGGAGAGAUGAGCAAAAGGUGAAUAAAAUGAGGGAAUUGUUGAAGGAAUUUUUCGAAAUUAAUGAGAGACAUGGGACAGACAGGAAAAUCAUUUGGGAUACCAGUAAAGCCUAUAUGAGAGGAAUUGGAAUACAACAAAUGGCAAGAAUAAGGAAGGAUAAAGCAAAGGAUACUAUGGAAAUAAAUAAACAGAUAAGGGAGAAGGAAAAAGAACUGUUGAAAAAUCCAAAACAAGAGAGUAUAAUCCAGAAUAUAAAAAAUGUACAAUCCCAACUACAUAAAUAAUUUAAUAAACAAAGAGGUAGAAAAUAAGAUUAAAUGGACAAAACAAAGGUAUUUUGAAUCGGCAAAUAAACCCGGUAGAAUGUUGUCCUGGCUAACAAAGGAGAAACAAGCGGAUAGGGUUAUAAAUAAGAUUAUUGAACAAGGAAAAGAAAUUACAGACCCGGACCAAAUAAAAAUGAUGUUUAGGAAUUUUUUAUAAAAAUUAUACUGAGUUGGAAGACAGAGAUGAGAAUAAAAUGAAAGAGUAUGUAAGAGAAAACAAAAUCCCUGAAAUAGAUGGCAAGGAAUUUAGUAAUUUAAACUCGUGCAUAAGCUCAGAAGAAAGAAGAGAGGUGAUAAGGAAAAUGGAAACUGGGAAAUCACCAGGCCCAGACGGAAUACCAGUUACAUAUUACAAGAAACUAGAAGAAGUAAUAAUCCCUAGACUUAAAAGAUCAUGAAUGAGAUAAUGGAAGAAGGGAAAACUCCUGACUCUUGGCGCGAAUGGACCCAAAUAUUAUAAAGAACUACAGGCCAAUUUCACUAUUGAAUAUUGAUUAUAAAAUUUCCGCAGGUGUGUUAGCAAAUAGAUUGAAAAAAUGCUUGAACAGAGUAAUAGGCAGGGACCAGAAUGGCUUCUUACCGGGGAGACAGAUAAAAAAUAAUACAAGAAUAGUGAUUGAUCUUCUAGAAUAUAUUGAUAUGAAGCCUAGUAAGAAGGUGGCAAUGUUACUGGUAGAUGCGGAGAAAGCCUUCGACAGUGUGGCCUGGAAUUUUCUGGUCCACACUGUGGAAAGUUUGAAACUUGGGAACAAAAUUGAGAAUGGUAUUAAAGCGAUAUAUGAAAACCAGAAAGCUAAGUUAAUAAUUAACAAUGAAAUAACUGAAGAAUUCCAAAUUGAAAGAGGCACCAGACAAGAAUGCCCUCUAUCCCCACUUUUGUUUAUUAUGACGCUGGAAACACUCCUAAUAGCGAUAAGAAAGGACCCCAAAAUCUAGGGGAUUAGUCUAGGUAAUAGACAAUAUAAAGUUAAAGCGUUUGCGGACGAUGUAAUCAUUACUACAGAAAAACCCGAAGAAAGUAUACCAGAAGCACUAAAGAAGAUAAUGGAGGCAUUUAAAUUGGACAAGAAAAUUGGCUUCCAGGUGGAAAGAUCAAAAUUAGAAACAGAACUGUUAGAACCCAAAACUAAGAAUUUGUCAAGAAUGUAUAACUUGCUGCUGAAAUGGAAUACUCAGGAUGAAACGGUAAAAUCGGCUAUGAUUAAAUGGGCACAGGACGUUGGACGUAACAUUAUGUUUGCUGACUGGGAACAGUUGUGGACCACAGGUAUGAAAUUUACGGCAUGUAAUGCCUUAAGAGAGAAUAUUAUGAAAAUGAUAUACAGGUGGUACCUAACCCCAGUCAAGCUUGCAAAAAUCUAUCAUUUGCCCGAUAACAAAUGUUGGAAAUGUAAAGAAACUGAAGGUACAUUUUUUCACCUUUGGUGGACGUGCCCAAAGAUUAAGGCUUUCUGGGAAAUGAUAUAUAAUGAAUUAAAAAAGGUAUUUAAAUAUACCUUCCCUAAGAAACUAGAGGCCUUUCUCCUGGACAUAGGCCGCCAAACGGUGUUAAAAAAGGAUAGAAAUUUCUUUAUGUAUGCAACAACAGCAGCAAGAAUACUCAUCGCAAAGUAUUGGAAGAUACAAGAACUUCCCACGCUGGAGGAAUGGCAGAUGAAACUGAUGGACUAUAUGGAACUGGCGGAAAUGACUGGCAGAAUCCGUGACCAGGGAGAAGAGUUGGUGGAGGAAGAUUGGAAGAAAUUCAAAGAUUAUCUUCAGAAACAUUGCAAAAUUAAGGAAUGUUAGAGUGAUGUUGGAUCGAAAAUAAGUGGUUUCCAGCUGUACAGGUUAAAGUUAUUGAUAGACUAAGAUUAAAGAUUAGGAUUAAAGAUGUUUAAGGAAAUGGAAAUUUGGUUAUAUUAAGAUUAAAGAUUGGGAUUAAAAAAAGUGGAAAAGAAAUUGCUGGACAAACAAUUCGGACUGGAAUACAAAAGAAGGAGGUAUGAGGAAGUCCAGAAAAUAAGUAAAUUCAAAAACGGAAAUGGAAAAGUGAUAUUGUUUUUAAUUGUUCUGUUUCUUUUUAGUUUUUGUUUUGUAUUUUGUUUUCUGUGUUUUCCUUUUCUUUUUGGAUUAUGUAUUGUGUGUUUUUGUACUUCUACUUUUAUGUUCUUCUGUUUAACUUUUAUUGAAAUCCUAAUAAAAAUUAUUAAAAAAAAAAAAAAGAGAAGACUCCCAAACCAGAGAUCCCUUGGGUCUUUGGCUUGGAGUACCUCGGGAGUAGGGUAACUGGCAGAAAGUGCCACGUUGUUAAGAACCAAAGUAUUACGUGUGAAACAACUGAGAAAACCUUGAAGGGAGACGAUGGAUGAAGAUUGAAAGAAAGUUUAAAAAUUCAUUUAGAAAAUUAUUGUAAAAUUAAUGAGUGUUAGAAAAAAUGUUGGAAUGAAACUAUUUGGCUUUAGUAGAAAUGCUUUAAGGAAUUAUGUAUAAAUAAGUUUUAAGUUUUAAGCUUUAGGGCUUUUUAUGGUAAGAUAAAGGUUAAAAUAAAUUAAGGUAAUUUAAUGACAGAAUAUAGUGAAAGAUGGAAAGGAUUUGCUGAGAUAAUUAAUAACUAGAAUACAAAAAGGAGGUGUGAGGAGGUUGAUGAAACAAGUUAAUGAAAGAUAAAGAUUUGGGAAUAUUGGAUUUGUUUUUUAAAUUUUUUGUUUGCUUUUAUUUUUGGUUUUGAUGUAUUGUGUGGGUUUUUUGUGUUUUUUUCCUUCUUAUUGAAUUGUAUUGUUGAAUUCAUUUUUUUUGUCUAUCUUUUUCCUUUUUCUUUUUUCUCUCUGUAAUUUUAAAUUCUCAAUAAAUAUCAUUUAAAAAAACCAGAAGCACUAAAGAAAUUGUUUGAAUAUGGAGGAGUAUCAGGCUUUAAGUUAAAUAAAGAAAAACCUAAAUUAUUAACGAAAAAUAUGGGGGUAAAGGAACAGGAAGAAUUGGAAAGAGUAACAGGCCUUAAAAUUACCACGAAAGUUAAGUAUUUGGGGAUCUGGAUCACCAAUAAAAAUACAAAUUUGUACAAGGAUAACAAUGUGAAGAAGUGGAAGGAAAUAAAAGGACAUCUAAAUAAAUGGAAUAAAUUGAACUUGUCCUUAUGGAGAAGGAUAUCCUUGAUAAAAAUGUCAAUUCUACCAAAAAUGCUCUUCCAGAUGAUCCCAAUAAUUAUCGGGACAAAAUGUUUUAAAGGUUGGCAAAGGGAUCUAUCUAAUUUUAUCUGGCAAGGUAAGAAGCCAAGAGUAAAGUUCAAAGUACUGAUGGAGCCUAGAGAAAGGGCGGGUUCGCAGUCCCAAACCUCAAGCUGUAUUAUUUUGAGGCUGCAUGCAUGACAUGGCUGAAAGAUUGGAUGCUACUGACAGAUACUGAAAUCUUAGACCUGGAGGGCUGGGGCAAAGUUUUCGGCUGGCAUGGCUACCUGGGUCACGAUAAAGAAAAGCACAUAGAGGAUUCACUAAUCAUUUGGUGAGAAAGGCCGUAUUCGAAGCCUGGCAAGGAAAUAAAACAAGAGUAACAGCCAAAACUCCCUGGUGGCUAUCACCUAUAGAGUCAUCACCCUUGCAUAGAAGCAAUAUGAAAGAUAGCUGGCUAACAUAUAGGGAACUCGUAGAAGAGAUCAAAGAUUGCCCAACAGUAAAGAAAUUUGAAGAAUUAAAAGAGAGGGGGGGUGUGAAUUGGUUAGAAUAGUUCCAAUUAAAAAUAAUAUUUGAGAAGGAUGGUAAGCUUAAGGGGUUUGAUAAAAAAAAUUUGGUAUGGGAAAAAGAAAUUUUAUAUAACAACCAACAAAAGGCUAGUCCGUUAAAGGAUUCCGCGGGGCGUGGCCCCGUCCGAAGCCUAUGGAGGCCGCGGCCCAAGGCACGCCCCCGAGCGGUGACCCCGGGGGAGUGCCUAGUUGAUGGGCAUCAGCAGGGCUCCCCCUGCUGGUGUUAACCCUUCCGUGUUUUCAAGCAAGCAGGCCGAAUGACAGUUAGUGAACUGAAGGGUCAGUUGAAGGAAAUAACAAAAAGAAAAAGGAUUCCGUGGGGUGUGGCCCCGUCCGAAGCCUAUGGAGGCCAGGGCCCAAGGCACGCCCCCGAGGAGUACCUAGUUGAUGGGCAUCAGCAGGGCUCCCCCUGCUGGUGUUAACCCUUCCGUGUCUUCAAGCAAGCAGGCCGAAUGAGUUAGUGAAGUGAAGGGUCAGUUGAAGGAAAUAACAAAAAGAAAAAGGAUUCCGUGGGGUGUGGCACCGUCCGAAGCCUAUGGAGGCCAGGGCCCAAGGCACGCCCCCGAGCGGUGACCCCGGGGGAGUGCCUAGUUGAUGGGCAUCAGCAGGGCUCCCCCUGCUGGUGUUAACCCUUCCGGGUCUUCAAGUAAGCAAGCUGAAUGAGAGUUAGUGAACUGAAGGGUCAGAUGAAGGAAAUAAUAAAACGAAAAAAGGAUUCCGUGGGGCGUGGCCCCGUCCGAAGCCUAUGGAGGCCAGGGCCCAAGGCACGCCCCCGAGCGGUGACCCCGGGGGAGUGCCUAGUUGAUGGGCAUCAGCAGGGCUCCCCCUGCUGGUGUUAACCCUUCCGGGUCUUCAAUCAAGCAGGCCGAAUGACAGUUAGUGAACUGAAGGGUCAGUUGAAGGAAAUAACAAAAAGAAAAAGGAUUCCGUGGGGUGUGGCCCUGUUCGAAGCCUAUGGAGGCCAGGGCCCAAGGCACGCCCCCGAGCGGUGACCCCGGGGGAGUGCCUAGUUGAUGGGCAUCAGCAGGGCUCCCCCUGCUGGUGUUAACCCUUCCGGGUCUUCAAGCAAGCAGGCCGAAUGACAGUUAGUGAACUGAAGGGUCAGUUGAAGCAAAUAACAAAAAGAAAAAGGAUUCCGUGGGGCGUGGCCCCGUCCGAAGCCUACGGAGGCCAGGGCCCAAGGCACGCUCCUGAGCAGUGACCCGGGGAGUGCCUAGUUGAUGUGCAUCAGCUGUGAGGGGAAGGAGAAAGGUGAAUGAGUCAGCGUGGAGGAGUCCCGCCAUAACAGAAGCAAAGGCAAGCAGGAAGAGAAGCUAAGGAGUCAGCCUGCACACAUGAAAGGGGAAAACAAAAGAGAGAAAACAGAGUGUAGAAAAAACUAGAGGAACGCCUAGUGGCAAAAGAAGUGAAAGACGCGAGUAAAAUCAACAGAAGACAAUUAAGUAUAGUGGUAGCUCCACCUAUUGGGCUAACUGCAAAUAACAAGAAUAAACUGAUAUAACAAAGAAAUGAACACUGUUUGUAUAUAUUAGCUAAAUUUGAAAGACUGUGCAACCUAAAAAAUCCAAAUAACCCAAACAAAAGAAGAUUCCUGGUCUUACUCAAUAUAAGAGCAAUUAAAAAAGAAUUGUAAUUUAUUUUUAAAGCAGAAAUGGAAGUAUAAAAAGUGAAGCAAGAGAAACUCCUACAAAUAAAAGAAGCGCAGAGACCACAUGAAACUGUUAUUUUAAAAAAGGUAUUGCUAGGUAGGCAUCUCAGUGGGAUUUAAGAAGAUUCAGACAACUUUUGGCCUAGCCUCAGCCUCUAACUAAGCAAGGAGAACAUCGAUGGUGGAGAAUGAGAGCAACAUGGACGUUAAAGAGAUAUUAUUGGCAAUGGAAAGAAUGGAGAAGAACCUAGGAGAUAAGAUAAGCACCCUAGAUGGAAAUAUUAAAAUCUUAGAUGGAAAAGUGGAGAGUAUGGGCACUAAGAUUGAGAAAAAUUCCACAUUAAUAAUGGACCUUUCUAAUCAAGUGACCCAACUGACAACAAAGAACAAAGAGCUAGACAAGAUGGUGCAGGAGAUAAAGAAUAAGUCAUUAAAACAAGAGGAAGCCAGGAACAAAAUUCAGGCGGAUCAAAGAGAUUCAAGGAAAGUCGCAGAGAAAAAGAAAGAGGAACUAAGGAAGGUUCAGGAAGAGACCCUGGAUGCAAGGAGAUGAAGCAAACGGAGGUGUUGUUACACUUCCGAGGAGUUAAAGGAAGAAAUUUCAACAAAACUAUUGAAAGAACUGGCGGAUUGGUUAGGGGUCGAGGAAGAUGAACUACUUUUGGACAUUGAAAAAAUAUUUAGGAUUAAGGUGAACAAGUCAAGAAACAAAAAGGGACUGGGAGAUUGUUUAGUAUUUCUGAACUCGAGGCUACUCAGGGAAAAAAUCCUAUUAAAGAAUAGAACUGAUCCCUUGUGUAUAGAGGGCAAAGUAAUCGAGAUUAUGAAGGAGAUCCCAACCAGGUUGUUGAAGAGGAGAGAUAAUUCCAGAUUCUUAACGACAGUGCUGAAGAAGAAUAAAAUUCUGUUUAGGUGGGAAUUUCCCGAAGGACUUACCUCUACAUAUAAGAGAGAAGAAGAACCCUUAGAUCGGCGGAGGAGACCAGAAUUUUUUGGAGGAAGUACUGGGAGGAGCUGGGAGGAGAAAGGCUCCAAGAGCGAGAAGAAACAAGAUAAAGCUAGAAUUAUUAUAACGACUCCUACCUUUUGUGCCCUGUUGUUGUUGUUGUUGUUAUUUCUUUUUCUUUUUCUUUACCAACUACCCCCGAUUUUAAAGUAGUUCAUAUAAAUUUAAUAAAACUGUAUGGCCUUUAAGUGUAUUUCCUGGAAUGUACCUUAAAGAAAGGAAAAUGGGAUAUAAUAUGUCUACAAGAGACCCAUGUAUCUAAAGAUCAUAUACGGGUACUAAAAAACAAGAACUUGGGUCUGGAGUUUACAGCCGCAGGAACAGAAAAGAAAAGAGGGGUGGUAAUUUAUGUAAAACCAGUGUUAAGUCCACAACUAAUAUUUCAAGAUGAGGAAGGUAGAAUAGUAGGAGUAGAAAUACAAAGAAAUCAAGAAAAGAUAAUAGUGGUAGGAGUGUAUGCUCCAAAUAAUAAUAAAUCUGAAUUUUACAGAAAAUUGGAAGAGAAGCUUUGGGAAUUUGAGAAUGGAAAGAUAAUUAUGAUGGGAGAUGUGAAUGGAGUUAUAUCGAUUGAAAUGGAUAGAACCGAGAGAGGGGGGAAAUCAAACUGAGGCAGACUACCAUUAUCGUUCUUCCAGUUGACUGAUAAUCUUAAUUUAUUCGAUACCUGGAGAUUGAAGCAUCCCACUGAAAAGAAUAUUAACUUUUUUUCCGAAGAUAAAAAAUUGGGAGGGAGAAUAGAUGCAAUUUGGGCCUCGAAAAAAUUGACAUUGAGCUUGGUAAAAGCAGAGAUUCUGAAUAAAUCUCUCUCAGACGAUAAUCCAGUUACUAUACACAUAAGAUUUAAAAAGCAUAUGAGAGGGAGGUGGAGGAUGAAUGAUGAGGUUUGGAGAGACGAGCAAAAGGUGAAUAAAAUGAGGGAAUUGUUCAAGGAAUUUUUCGAAAUUAAUGAGAGACAUGGGACAGACAGGAAAAUCAUUUGGGAUACCAGUAAAGCCUAUAUGAGAGGAAUUGGAAUACAACAAAUGGCAAGAAUAAGGAAGGAUAAAGCAAAGGAUACUAUGGAAAUAAAUAAACAGAUAAGGGAGAAGGAAAAAGAACUGUUGAAGUGGAAGGAAGGAAGGAAAUAAAAGGACACCUAAAUAAAUGGAAUAAAUUGAACUUGUCCUUAUGGGGAAGGAUAUCCUUGAUAAAAAUGUCAAUUCUACCAAAAAUGCUCUUCCAGAUGAUCCCAAUAAUUAUCGGGACAAAAUGUUUUAAAGGUUGGCAAAGGGAUCUAUCUAAUUUUAUCUGGCAAGGUAAGAAGCCAAGAGUAAGGUUCAAAGUACUGAUGGAGCCUAGAGAAAGGGGCGGGUUCGCAGUCCCAAACCUCAAGCUGUAUUAUUUUGAGGCUGCAUGCAUGACAUGGCUGAAAGAUUGGAUGCUACUGACAGAUACCGAAAUCUUAGACCUGGAGGGCUGGGGCAAAGUUUUCGGCUGGCAUGGCUACCUGGGUCACGAUAAAAGAAAAGCACAUAGAGGAUUCACUAAUCAUUUGGUGAGAAAGGCCGUAUUCGAAGCCUGGCAAGGAAAUAAAACAAGAGUAACAGCCAAAACUCCCUGGUGGCUAUCACCUAUAGAGUCAUCACCCUUGCAUAGAAGCAAUAUGAAAGAUAGCUGGCUAACAUAUAGGGAACUCGUAGAAGAGAUCAAAGAUUGCCCAACAGUAAAGAAAUUUGAAGAAUUAAAAGAGAGGGGGGUGUGAAUUGGUUAGAAUAGUUCCAAUUAAAAAUAAUAUUUGAGAAGGAUGGUAAGCUUAAGGGGUUUGAUAAAAAAAAUUUGGUAUGGGAAAAAGAAAUUUUAUAUAACAACCAACAAAAGGCUAGUCCGUUAAAGGAUUCCGCGGGGCGUGGCCCCGUCCGAAGCCUAUGGAGGCCGCGGCCCAAGGCACGCCCCCGAGUGGUGACCCCGGGGGAGUGCCUAGUUGAUGGGCAUCAGGAGGGCUCCCCCUGCUGGUGUUAACGCUUCCGGGUCUUCAAGCAAGCAGGCCGAAUGACAGUUAGUGAACUGAAGGGUCAGUUGAAGCAAAUAACAAAAAGAAAAAGGAUUCCGUGGGGUGUGGCCCCGUCCGAAGCCUAUGGAGGCCAGGGCCCAAGGCACGCCCCCGAGGAGUGCCUAGUUGAUGGGCAUCAGCAGGGCUCCCCCUGCUGGUGUUAACGCUUCCGGGUCUCCAAGUAAGCAGGCCGAAUGACAGUUAGUGAACUGAAGGGUCAGUUGAAGCAAAUAACAAAAAGAAAAAGGAUUCCGUGGGGCGUGGCCCCGUCCGAAGCCUAUGGAGGCACGCACCCGAGCGGUGACCCUGGGGGAGUGCCUAGUUGAUGUGCAUCAGCUGUGAGGGGAAGGAGAAAGGUGAAUGAGUCAGCGUGGAGGAGUCCCGCCAUAACAGAAACAAAGGCAAGCAGGAAGAGAAGCUAAGGAGUCAGCCUGCACACAUGAAAUGGGAAAACAAAAGAGAGAAAACAGAGUGUAAAAAAAACUAGAGGGACGCCUAGUGGCAAAAGAAGUGAAAGACGCGAGUAAAAUCAACAGAAGACAAUUAAGUAUAGUGGUAGCUCCACCUAUUGGGCUAACUGCAAAUAACAAGAAUAAACUGAUAUAACAAAGAAAUGAACACUGUUUGUAUAUAUUAGCUAAAUUUGAAAGACUGUGCAACCUAAAAAAUCCAAAUAACCCAAACAAAAGAAGAUUCCUGGUCUUACUCAAUAUAAGAGCAAUUAAAAAAGAAUUUGUAAUUUAUUUUUAAAGCGGAAAUGGAAGUAUAAAAAGUGAAGCAAGGGAAACUCCUACAAAUAAAAGAAGCGCAGAGACCACAUGAAACUGUUAUUUUAAAAAAGGUAUUGCUAGGUAGGCAUCUCAGUGGGAUUUAAGAAGAUUCAGACAACUUUUGGCCUAGCCUCAGCCUCUAACUAAGCAAGGAGAACAUCGAUGGUGGAAAAUGAGAGCAACAUGGACGUUGCGGAUCAAAGAGAUUCAAGGAAAGUCCCAGAGAAAAAGAAAGAGGAACUGAGGAAGGUUCAGGAAGAGACCCUGGAUGCAAGGAGAUGAAGGAGAAGGAGAUGUUGUUGCACUUCCGAGGAGCUAAAGAGAACCAGGAGCAAGAAAUUCCAACAAAACUAUUGAAAGAACUGGCGGAUUGGUUAGGGGUCGAGGAAGAUGAACUACUUUUGGACAUUGAAAAAAUAUUUAGGAUUAAGGUGAACAAGUCAAGAAACAAAAAGGGACUGGGAGAUUGUUUAGUAUUUCUGAACUCGAGGCUACUCAGGGAAAAAAUCCUAUUAAAGAAUAGAACUGAUCCCUUGUGUAUAGAGGGCAAAGUAAUCGAGAUUAUGAAGGAGAUCCCAACCAGGUUGUUGAAGAGGAGAGAUAAUUCCAGAUUCUUAACGACAGCGCUGAAGAAUAAAAUUCUGUUUAGGUGGGAAUUUCCCGAAGGACUUACCUCUACAUAUAAAGAGAGAAGAACCCUUAGAUCGGCGGAGGAGACCAGUUACUAUACACAUAAGAUUUAAAAAGUAUACGAGAGGGAGGUGGAGGAUGAAUGAUGAGGUUUGGAGAGAUGAGCAAAAGGUGAAUAAAAUGAGGGAAUUGUUCAAGGAAUUUUUCGAAAUUAAUGAGAGACAUGGGACAGACAGGAAAAUCAUUUGGGAUACCAGUAAAGCCUAUAUGAGAGGAAUUGGAAUACAACAAAUGGCAAGAAUAAGGAAGGAUAAAGCAAAGGAUACUAUGGAAAUAAAUAAACAGAUAAGGGAGAAGGAAAAAGAACUGUUGAAGUGGAAGGAAGGAAGGAAAUAAAAGGACAUCUAAAUAAAUGGAAUAAAUUGAACUUGUCCUUAUGGAGAAGGAUAUCCUUGAUAAAAAUGUCAAUUCUACCAAAAAUGCUCUUCCAGAUGAUCCCAAUAAUUAUCGGGACAAAAUGUUUUAAAGGUUGGCAAAGGGAUCUAUCUAAUUUUAUCUGGCAAGGUAAGAAGCCAAGAGUAAGGUUCAAAGUACUGAUGGAGCCUAGAGAAAGGGGCGGGUUCGCAGUCCCAAACCUCAAGCUGUAUUAUUUUGAGGCUGCAUGCAUGACAUGGCUGAAAGAUUGGAUGCUACUGACAGAUACCGAAAUCUUAGACCUGGAGGGCUGGGACAAAGUUUUUGCGUGGCACGGCUACCUGGGUCACGAUAAAAGAAAAGCACAUAGAGGAUUCACUAAUCAUUUGGUGAGAAAGGCCCUAUUCGAAGUCUGGCAAGGAAAUAAAACAAGAGUAACAGCCAAAACUCCCUGGUGGCUAUCACCUAUAGAGUCAUCACCCUUGCAUAGAAGCAAUAUGAAAGAUAGCUGGCUAACAUAUAGGGAACUCGUAGAAGAGAUCAAAGAUUGCCCAACAGUAAAGAAAUUUGAAGAAUUAAAAGGGGGGGGGUGAAUUGGUUAGAAUAUUUCCAAUUAAAAAUAAUAUUUGAGAAGGAUAGUAAGCUUAAGUGGUUUGAUAAAAAAAUCUCGGUAUGGGAAAAAGAAAUUUUAUAUAACAACCAACAAAAGGCUAGUCUGUUAAAGGAUUCCACGGGGCGUGCCUAGUUGAUGGGCAUCAGCAGGGCUCCCCCUGCUGGUAUUAACCCUUCCGGGUCUUCAAGUAAGCAGGCCGAAUGACAGAUGGAGAUUGAAGCAUCCCCCUGAAAAGGAUAUUACCUAUUUUUCCGAAGAUAAAAAAUCGGGAGGGAGAAUAGACCCAAUUUGGGCCUCAAAAAAAUUGACAUUGAGCUUGGUAAAAGCAGAGAUUCUGAAUAAAUCUCUCUCAGACGAUAAUCCAGUUACUAUACACAUAAGAUUUAAAAAGCAUACGAGAGGGAGGUGGAGGAUGAAUGAUGAGGUUUGGAGAGAUGAGCAAAAGGUGAAUAAAAUGAGGGAAUUGUUGAAGGAAUUUUUCGAAAUUAAUGAGAGACAUGGGACAGACAGGAAAAUCAUUUGGGAUACCAGUAAAGCCUAUAUGAGAGGAAUUGGAAUACAACAAAUGGCAAGAAUAAGGAAGGAUAAAGCAAAAGAUACUAUGGAAAUAAAUAAACAGAUAAGGGAGAAGGAAAAAGAACUGUUGAAAAAUCCAAAACAAGAGAGUAUAAUCCAGAAUAUAAAAAAUGUACAAUCCCAACUACAUAAAUAAUUUAAUAAACAAAGAGGUAGAAAAUAAGAUUAAAUGGACAAAACAAAGGUAUUUUGAAUCGGCAAAUAAACCCGGUAGAAUGUUGUCCUGGCUAACAAAGGAGAAACAAGCGGAUAGGGUUAUAAAUAAGAUUAUUGAACAAGGAAAAGAAAUUACAGACCCGGACCAAAUAAAA